CAACGGCAGCGUUUUGAAGCUUUCUCUGUGUUCAUCUUGAGAGUACUGAUCUGCAAUAUUCAUUUUUAAUCAGAAAAAGGCAAACAAAGACACGUGUAACAAUCUUGUGAAGUGGCUGGCCAUAUUCUUGUAACAUGCUCAAAGCUCUCUCACAGAAAAGUCAUAUGCGUUUCCCAGUCGUCAUUCAAUUCUGCAAACCCUAAGCUUCCUCACUCCGCGUUGAAGUUUCUCUUUUGCGACAUCUAUUGAUAAUUUGCUUAUCGGAAAACGUUUAUAGAGAUUCGGUGCGAAGGGAUGAUGUUGCGUGCUGUCAUAAGGAGAGCUUCCACUAGAGGCUCUUCUCCUUCUUCGGGAUUGGGGAAAUCACUGCAAUCAUCUCGUGUUGCAGCAUCUUCACAAAGCUUUCAUUCUCUUUCAGCAACUGAGACUCCUGUGCCUCGUGGAAGCCAUGCUCGUAGCUGCUGCUUCCAUCAUCGUUCUUGUACAGGGUGUUCAGAGUGCUCCAGGACUGUUCUCAGCAGCUUCCAAGGCACUGCCCUACAAAGAUGGGUCAGGCCUUUUUCAUCUGAUAGUGGAGAUGUCGUGGAAGCUGUUGUGCCUCACAUGGGUGAAUCAAUCACCGAUGGAACCCUAGCCAACUUUCUCAAGAAACCUGGUGACAGAGUAGAGGCUGAUGAGGCUAUUGCACAAAUUGAAACCGACAAGGUGACAAUAGAUAUUGCUAGCCCCGCAAGUGGUGUUAUCCAAGAGUUUCUUGUCAAGGAAGGAGAUACUGUAGAACCAGGAAACAAGGUAGCUAUUAUUUCAAAGUCUGCAGAUGCUGUGUCUCAUGUAGCACCCUCAGAAAAGACACCAGAGAAAGCUGCUCCCAAGCCUUCUCCUCCUGCUGAGGAGCCCAAGGUUGAAAGUCCUAAAGUUGCGGAGAAACCCAAGGCAUCAUCACCGCCACCGCCAACUAAACAGUCAGCCAAAGAACCGCAGCUUCCUCCUAAGGAUAGGGAGAGACGGGUUCCUAUGACAAGACUUCGCAAACGUGUGGCAACUAGGCUGAAAGACUCUCAAAACACUUUUGCGUUGCUUACAACAUUCAAUGAAGUUGAUAUGACCAAUUUGAUGAAGCUCCGAUCUCAAUACAAGGAUGCAUUUUUUGAGAAGCACGGAGUGAAGUUGGGGCUUAUGUCUGGUUUCAUCAAAGCUGCUGUCAGUGCCCUCCAGCACCAACCAGUAGUAAAUGCAGUUAUCGAUGGAGAUGAUAUCAUUUACAGAGACUACGUAGAUAUCAGUAUUGCUGUUGGUACCUCUAAGGGUCUUGUCGUUCCAGUCAUCAGAGGUGCUGACAAGAUGAACUUUGCUGACAUAGAGAAAACGAUAAACUCUCUUGCGAAGAAGGCUAAUGAAGGAACCAUUUCAAUCGACGAGAUGGCAGGAGGAUCAUUCACAGUAUCUAAUGGUGGUGUCUAUGGAAGUCUCAUAAGCACUCCUAUCAUCAACCCUCCUCAGUCUGCUAUUCUUGGAAUGCAUUCAAUCGUGCAACGUCCAAUGGUUGUGGGAGGAAGCGUAGUGCCAAGGCCAAUGAUGUAUGUUGCACUGACCUAUGAUCAUAGGCUUAUUGAUGGAAGAGAGGCUGUGUAUUUCUUGCGCCGUAUUAAGGAUGUUGUGGAAGAUCCUCAGAGGCUUCUUCUCGACAUAUGAUGAUAAAUAAAAAGAUCAGAGACCAAAAGAGAUGAUAAGUCUCUUUGUCCUUUUUUUACCAGUUUCCUUUCAGGUAAACCGUUGCAGAUAUUGCAAUCUGUGAAUGAUACUUCUGAAGAAGUGUUUCUUAAUAGUUUCAAGAAUUCUUGCCGCGCAGUGAAAGCAUCGGUCCAUUGAUUUUUUUUUAAUUCAUAUACAGAUUACGAUUUUUUUUUUCUUAAAUAAUGCCACUGACUUUUUAUCGAGUCAAAAGAUUCUCAUUUCCAUCGAGAUUGUUAAUGAUGUGAUUCAAUUGAUAAGCACUUUGCAGUAGUAAC